CUCUUUUGUUGUGUGAUGAAUACAUUGAAAAAGGUCAAGAAACUGUUUAGUAAAGAUAAUCAUGAUGUGCCUAUGAUAAAUAAAGUAUCAUUUCGAUGUCGACGUAUUCCAAACCCAUUUCAACCAGUGUAUGAAAUAGAAUGGCAACACCAAUGGCUUCCACUGGAUUCAACCACAAGCCAAUACAUUGAGCGUAUGCGGCGAAAAGGGUUCUCAAGAGUGGCUAUUCGAAAUGAUACUCGCCUUAUACGCCUGAUGAACAAAAAGAGUGAAUUGGAUAUUUUAUUGGAACUUUCAUUGACUCCAUUUAAACAAGCAUCUUGGUGGACAAUGGAUCAUGUUGGUGAGGCUUAUUUGCCUGAUUGGAUGGAACACUACUCAGAGAAAGAAAAAGAGAGUUUGCAGUAUACAAUGCCUCCUCAUAUGUUGGAAUAAAUAAUAUACCCUUUUAGAAUGCCCUGAUAGCAUAAACUUAUCCAAUUGAAUGGUCACUUGUCUGACUUUGAAUUGUAUCAUGACGCUGACUAGCAUGUCUGUGAGUUCAUCCGAUCAAUAAAAAGUAAGGGUGAGAUAGCUGCAUUUUGGUUAUUGAUUUCCUUUUUUUGUUUUUUUUUUUGUUGAUGAAUAGUAAGACUGACGUCAACAUAACGCUUGAUCUUAAAGACAGAAAGAAGGAUGCUCUAUCACUGAC